AUGCAUCGCUUCUUUGCAGAGCUGGAGCCAUCUCUAUCCGUCACUGAGCAAAACCUGGCAGACCGAGUUCGGUACAUCCUGCGCUCCAACAUAUUUGGUGACGCCGAACUCGAACGACUACGACGUGGGGCUGUUCCCUCAUCGGAUGGAAAUGCUACGGCUGGGAAUGCGGCGCCACUAAUUGCGCAGCAAACUGCAAAUGUGAACGCUGCCGUCAAUAUUCCAUUUGUGGUUGAUUCAGACGAUGAUGGAAUAGUCCCCCACGAACUAGAGAAAAUGAGGAGCAUAUUGGAAGAGUCGAUGCUGGAAACGCGCAGCAUGCCUCUCGAAAAUCGACCGCGACUUCCCCGCAUACCCCUUAGCAAGCAAAAUCGGGCUGUCGUGCGGGCUCUUAACCCAAUGCUGGUGACCUAUUUGGAAGCCAGCCGGGACCUUUGCGAGACGGACUCAAUUCUUUUUGGCGCCGCACUGGCAGUAUGCCGUAUUAUUGGCGCCAAACUUCCCAUGGCUGGACGUGCUACUCGACAAGGUAGUGCCAUCCCAGCCUGGAGAAAAAGAAUCGAGGACCGUAUCGCAAAGGCAAGGGCCCUUAUCGGCAGACUGACAAGCUUCAGGUUGGGUAAUAUUAGACCGAGAGUUGUGCGCACCGUUAGAAUGGCGUUUGCUGGGACAAAUAUUAGUUUGUCCCAGCCGGAUAUCACGCAGAAACUAACGGAGCGCAUAGAUGACCUGAAGCAAAAAAUCGCUGCUUGGGGGAAGCGGAUUCGACGAUUUAGCGAGAGGUCAAGGCGGUUCAACCAAAAUCGUCUCUUCCAGAGUGAUCAGAAGAGGCUCUAUAAAUCAUUGGAGCGACCAGAGGUAUGUGGAACGGGCCCAGGACCGGAUCAGGCUGACACUGUCGCAUUUUGGCGUGGCCUGUGGUCAGAGCCCGUAAACCACAGCGAGGGCCCUUUAAUGGAAGUUAUGGCGAACCAAAGUGGGAGUGUUACGCCUAUGGACCCAGUCACCAUAACGCUGGAAGACGUGGCUGAGGCAGUCCGUAGGGCCCCUUACUGGAAAAGUCAGGGGCUCGACGGGCUGCAUCAUUACUGGCUGAAGGGGUUCGUAAACUUUGUUACAAUACCUAAUGAGUUCACGUCUAUGUUCUUUGAAAAUCGUCUGGUUAAAGUUCGCGCUUAA